AUGUCUAUUCAAUGGGUAGACCGACAGGGAAGAUAUACAACACUCCCAAAGUUAACCAAGGACUACAUCGAUAAAGAAAACCCCUCAGAGGCCGUUGAUGGAAUCCUACAUCUAACUGAACUCUUGAUCCUGUCAAACAACCUUGUCGAGGCCCAUUUAAUUGCCUCAGCAGUGUACAGACUAGUCAAAGCUUUCAAUUUCAUCGACGGCGAGCGCCUUGAUGGGGUCUACACUCCUACCACUCUCGAUAUUUUCUGGACUGUGAAACAAUCAACUUUCCCCCGACCCAAGACAGCACUGCCCUCCCAUCCAAAAGGCCCCGAUACAUGGCUAGCUAAACAUCAAUGGGACAAAUAUCGGGAAUGUACCCGGACAGGCUGGAUGCUAGAGCAUGUCGGGCUCGCCGAGCCUGAGAAUCCCUCUUCUAUCUGGCGCGAGACAGAAGACCCAGCCAUGCUGGCGAUGUGUGUGCGACUGUUAGCGAAAACAACCAUCCCGUGUACCUACCCGUGUGACAAUUUAGCACGGGAAGCACUCGAGGUAGCGCAGAAAUUCUACUCGAUUCCGGAUACACCGGCUGAAGAGUGUGGACGGGGGCCGGAAAAGCCAAAAAGACAGUCGUAUUUAUUGUACCGGCGGUUAGUUGUCGAACUCGCGAUCCGCUUGGGUGAAUUCCAAACAGGAGCGGAUAUCCUUGGCCAAGGACUAGGUGAUGAGGGCGACUUGAGAGAUAUUUUGAUGAUGCCUGGUAUCUAUGAUGUUUUGCCUCUGUUAGCUCGUGGUGGGAAGGAAAGCAAUCCAUUCUUCAUUCCCAAGGAGGAUGCAGUGGUGAUGGCGAGGGAGAUAAUUGCUGCCCUGGAACUACGGGCUGAGCAUGGGAGACAGUGGGCAUUACAUCCUUCUAAGGUUGGAUGGAGGGAGUUGUUGGAUCGACUUGCUGAGGGGGCAUUCAAAGCCCAUCCCAAAGAGUGUCGGGAUAUGGGAAUAGAGAGUGCCAAGGAUCUCCUGUAUGAGCCUGCCACGGAAGAAGAGAUCGCGGCGGCAGAGGAGAAAGUUGGUGAACUGCCUGCUGAUUUCAAGGAGAUGGUUCGAGUGGCGAACGGAUUUGUGGGUGGCUGGCACUUUUUCGCAGGUGGGAUAGCGGGCAUUCAAUCGAUCACCAUAGAUGACGGCUGUGGAGAGAUAGGCUAUAUACAUUACGAGGAUGUUAUGGAGAACAUCGAGUACCAGAUGAUCCGACUUAUGCCCGGCGCGGAAUGUGAUGGAUUCGAUCAUUUCAUUAUCCCUCCUAGGCAUUGGAAGGAGGCUAUGGUGCGGGCCGGAAAAGAGGUCAAAGACGGCAAGUAUCAGUACUGGCAUUGGACAUCCUGGUCGGGGAGUGGCAUCUCUCACUGGGACUCUGUGCGGGACUUUGUUUGUAGCUGCGUGGAGGAGGUAGAAGAGAUGAUCGAGACAGGCGAAGAAGAGGAUUGGGAACCAAGGACGGAUUUAUAA